AUGAUAUAUUUCAUAUUCCUUUGUUUAAUUCAUAGUGAUAAACCGCUUAAGCAGAAAAACAUAAAACUUAUAUUACGCUUUAAUAAAGUUUUUAGAAGCAAUCCAAUUGUUAGAGAUUUUAAAAGAUUCAAUAUAAAAAAUGAUUCUUUAUCAUCUAACCAUUUUACACUAACAAAAAAUGAUUUUGAUGAUAUCAUUCUAGAUGAAAAAGCGUUAUGCUUAAUUUUUAAUAACUUAGACCUACUUUCUAAAAAUGACAAAUUAAAAGAUGUGUAUAUAGACAAAAUAGCAAUAUUUAAAGAAAAUAAAGAUCCGUGGAUGAAACUUACAUUUAAAAAUAAUAUUGAUAGUACAGGAUAUUUUAGAGGAGAGCAUACUGAAAAAUUUAAUUUAGAAGAAAGCAUGUUUUUUCAUUUAGAUGAUAUUGAUGAUGAAACUAAACGAAAAAAUGUAAUUAAUAUAAAAAAAAUUCUUUUUUAUAUUGCUUUACUAAAAAAUAAACCAUUAUACAAAAUUUAUAAAGAAGAUUGUCAUAUGGAUGCUAUAGAUUUAGUCAUUUUUAAAAACUUAUAUAAUUUUAAACAUUCUGAUGAUUUAAAGGUUUGUGUAUGUAGAGAUAUUGAAUGUACAAUAUGUGAAGGCAUAUAUGAUACGAAAAGAUCUGUCUUAUAUAUAUAA